AUGAGAGAGGCAACCAAAUCAAGUGUCUCGGCAUCCGCACUGACGCAAGAUCUAUCGAAACCGGCUGCAUCAAAGUCCAGAACUAGCACAAAAGCAUCAAGUCUAAAACCAUCUUUUUCAACCUCAUCCGCAAAGAGGGAACACCAUACAACCACCAUACCUACUCCAUCUGCCACGUCAAACCACAUUGUAAAGUCUGCAUCGACUCUGGAAUCCCAGAAAAGGCUGGCAGAACAAUUGGUCGAAGCCGCCCAGCACAUUAGCAGUACAUUGACUGAGAUUGAAAGUGAUAUUAAACACGACGAGGAAGGAGUUCCUGUGCCUAUUAAAUUCAAGAUACAUAGUACUGAACCGCUUUUGGUGCCGAUACAUACGCAGAUGCUGACUCGGCCGAAUAAUAUUAGUAUGGAUGUGCCGUUACGAUCUAUCACACCACAAACCCUUCAGACUGCCAGCAGACCACCUUCACCAUCCCGGCCCAAUCCAUCUGCUAUAUUUACAUCACCUCCUCGACGCACAGAUGGUGAAACCGUACUCCCAAUAUCACGAUCCACGUCUCCGUAUGCAGUACCACCACCACCAAUAGACGAAGAUCCCGAGAUUAUGAAACGGCAGCUCCAUCAUCUAGAUCGUGAAAACAAGCAGCUGAGAAUGCAGGUCGAGCUGGAAAAGGAGAAUAUACAUUUGAGGCAGCAGGUCGGUGAGGUUCCUGCUGCAUCUGAAGGGGUGGUGUUUGCGUUGGUGGAUCGAGUUAAAGCUUUAGAGGGGGAGCAACGGAGGGCUAAAGCUCGUAGUAUAGUCAUACCGGUCCCGAGACAGAAAUCAACCACCAGUAAUGUUACGAGUAAUACCACAGGCAGUAAGCAGAGCAACUCGAUACAGCCAGGUACUGAUUUGACGCAACGCUCAGACGGAUUCCUAAAGGCACGAGUCGCCCAACUAGAAUCAGAUUGUGAUACCCUACGAGAACAACUGGCGGCAUCCGUUGCAUCUGCCGCAUCAACAGCCAAACAAGCACAAGCAGUAUCAGCCAAUGCAAAUGUAACGAACGCUAUGAUUGAAGCCAACGCAUACGACAUUCUACAAAGGAGCUACCAUGAACUUUCCAUGAAGAGCUCGCGACAGGCUAAAGAGAUGGCGGCUAUGAUGGAACAGAACGAGAUUCUGCGAAAGGAGAAUCGGCGGUUGCUGGAAGUUGAACGGGAGCUGACUAGGAAGGUCGUGUCUGGUGGUGUUCCCAAUAAUAGUAACAGCAAUGAAGAUAGUGGGAUACUCGUCCAUUCAAUCGAUACCGAGAUGGCACGCAUCAAAACUAUCACUGCAAGUCUCCCACCCGCUGAUUCAGCCUUCCCGCUGUCAGAUCUCGGUCCCCCACUCGUAUCUCUGCUGUCGCCGCUAACCACCAUGAGACGACUCGCAACCACAUCGAAUAACACACCAGUCGUGUCGGUCCUCUCUGACGUGACAUCCGCAAUCGCAACAGUAAUCACCGCAUGUGCAGCACUCAACGAUGAAUCGAAAUGUAUCAGCGAUCGAAUCCGACGCAUCAAGACUGAGAGUCUCAUGUUGAGAGAGGAGACGGAUUUGACGCUGAGAGCCAUAGAGGAUGAGAAACGGAUGCAUGUGGAACGUAUUUGUGUGGAGCUGGAGGGUGCGAGAGCUGAAAUCUUGAGGUUGAAACGUAGUCGUCGUAACGGCAGCAAUAGCAACCAAGACCAGCAAGAUGAGACUACUGAUACAGCUGUAUUUGACGAUACCACAAAGGGAGAUUAUAUCGCAACCCUGAAACAAGAAUUGGAGGACUGGAGAGCUGAUAAUUCUCGACUCAAGAACGCGCUUGCAUUGGCUGAAGCUUCUGGUGGUGUUGGAUCUGAAGCUGUGUUGGCUGCACGACGGGCUAGAGAUGAUGCUGAGUCCAAAGUGGAGGAUGAGAGGCUCAAGAAUAAGAAGGCUGCUGAGCUUGUCAGGACUUUGAAGGAUGAGAUUGCGAGAUACAAGAAUGGUGGGCAAGGUGUUGCGGCUGCCAAUGGUGGUGGUAAUUCCUCGGAUAUGGCCAUGCUGCUGAGAGAGAAUGAUGAGACGCAGGCUAAAUUGGGGCAGCUUAAUACUGUGCUUGAAGAACAUGUCGAACAAGCACGCCAACUCAAGGAAGAAAACAAUUCCCUACGCGAAAACCUUAAACGUGCCAAAGACAAGCAAAAGAUGUUUGGCCGCUUAGAAAAGGAAGCCAAAGAACUAGAACACAAUCAAAUCGAACUCGUCACCGCCCUCCAAGACUAUGAGCGACAGUACCAAGCAAUCAUUGGCCUCUGCUCUGUCACCGAUCCAUCCAUCCUCGUCGAAGCAGCUGGAUGCUCAUCACCCCAACACAACAACACGUCAAUAAUACACCCACAUCCACGCUCCUUCCACCCUAAAUUCGCUCGUCUGCAUCAACAAUACGCGUCCGCCGCACAUUCACUGGAACGCGCUACCGCACGUGUAGGAGAGCUGAGUAAAGAGUCUGAGUUGCACGGACGCCGUAUGGCCGAGCUUGCUAAAGAAGCGUCGUCGAGGGGUGAUGAGGUUGUGAGACUGAGAGAGGAUAUGAGGAAGGUUAAGGAGGAGGUGCUGAGUGAACGGGAUACGAGAGCAAGGUUGGAGAGUCGGUUGCAGCGUAUUGCGAGUGGGUUCCAGCCAUUGUUGAGUGGGUUGCAGGUUAAGGGUGGUGUUGCUCGAUGA